AUGGCAGGAGGAGCGGGGCAGGCGCGCAGAGCAUCGGCAGGAACAACAGCUGGAGGAGCAGGACGGGCGGCGGAGUGGGCCAUGGACAGCUCUGAUUUCAUUGUUGUUCUAUCUCUGCAGGCAUCUAGGAUAAUAUUAGCAACUGAUGAUGAUGAUCCAGGUCAGGCUCUGGCCGAGGAACUUGCUCGUCGACUUGGUAAAGAAAGAUGUUGGAGAGUCAAGUGGCCAAAGAAGAAUGAUACAGAUACUUGCAAGGAUGCAAAUGAGGUACUGAUGUUUUUAGGUCCACAAGCAUUGAGAAAGGUUAUAGAAGAUGCAGAACUGUAUCCUAUAAGAGGCCUUUUUUCAUUCAAAGAUUUCUUCCCAGAGAUUGAUAAUUACUUUCUUGGAAUACAUGGUGAUGAGCUUGGUAUUCAUACUGGAUGGAAAUCUUUGGAUGAUCUUUACAAGUUCAUUGGUGAAGGUGGGUUCUCAAGAAGAGUUAGCUUUCUUUAUUAUAACAGUAAUGCUUUUGCGUGCCUCAUCACAGUGCUGAUGGAUAGCCACAAGGAGAACGAUGCAAUAGCGGAACUCAGCCGUGCGAUAUCCUUCAAAGCCGACCUGCACUUGCUGCAUCUCCGGGCUUAUUUCAAUGUUUGA